AUGAGUAACUCCUCCAAACUUCCCAUCGAAGAGACUUCUUCUGCACAGGUUCAUUUUGAACUUUUACCACAAAGUGCUUCAUUAUCACAAAGUCUUUCACUUCCGGAUACAAUUAAACUUUUAACUGAAGAAGGAACCAAGGCUUUUAAGUUAAGGGAAUACGAAACGGCAGUGCUUAAAUAUGAAGAAGCUUCUCAACUUGCAGAGCUACAUUAUGGUCGUUCAAAAGAAUUCGCCGAUGUUCUUUUCAAUUAUGGACGAGCGUUGAUUGAAAAUUUCAUAUAUCAAUCCUCUGUCCUUGGUGAUAAUACGUUAGAAAAACGGAUUGCAUUAGAAAUUCAAGAAGAUGAACUCCAAUCCAAUAAUAAAUCUCAUCUUUAUUUCGAAGGGGAACCCGGUUUUGAAGAUGAAAUGAUAGAAGGGCAAACGGAAGAAAUAUCUGAGGUUCUAGAGCAGGAGCUCGAUGAAGGCGAAAGUCAUAUUGAAACAGCAAACGAAUCACAAACAGGUCAAGAUGAUGAUUUAAAUGUUGCAAAUGAUAUUUUAGUUAUUGCUCGAGAUAUUUAUUUGGAUCUGAAUACUGACGAGGCAAAAGUAAGCCUUGGCGAAGUACACAUGAAAUUGGGAGAUAUUUCACUUGAACAAGCUUUAUCUGCAAGUACUGAAGAGAGCCAAAAUGAUCAAGCCAUUGAGCAUGUCGAACAAGCUAUGGAAGUUUUAAAUAAGUGCAAAAAAAAAUUACAAGACAAAUUGGCUUCCGUUCAAGAAACUUAUGGUAAAGGGAAGCAAGUAGUUAAAAGUGAUGAUGAUAGUACAGAAGAAACUGAGAAAAAAUUGAAUGAAAUUGAUCAAUUUCUUGUAGAAAUGGAAGCCAAGAUCGAAGAGUUAAAUACUGCAAAAAUCAAUCGUGAAAAAGCAGUACCGACACCUAGCGAAAUAGCACUUGCUGAAUAUGUUAAAAUGCUAACUCCCUCAGUUGAAUCUAGUAAUACCGUAACAAAUACUGGUCCGUCAUCAUCAACAUCUAAUAUACCUAUAAAUGAUAUAACAUCCCUGAUCAAAAGAAAAGUUGCUGUUAAUAUUGAAGAUAAUAUAGAAGGUAGCAAUGACAACUUGACUGAUGAAACCAAUGUAAUAAGUACAAAUAUGGAUAUGGAUAAGGAUGAAGAAAAGAAACGUAAAACCGAUGAAACAACUAAUGAAGGCGGAAGUGAAGGAAGAUCUGAAGAAAAUAAGGAAAUUAGUCCAAAUAAGAAAGCAAGAUUAUCGGGAUAA